UCCCGCUUGUCAUAUAGCUGGUAACGAACUGCACAGAGACGCUCGUUUUAGGGGCCCUUUUUACCUAUAUUUUUCGUUCGUGGUAAAUGAGAACAUGGUGCGCACAAAAGUUUCUCGUGCUGCUACAAAGCGGGGCCAAAACAGUUCCGAUUCGAAACUGUACAUCGAAAUGAAGCUGCGAGAUUUCGACGUAAUCUCGGAUUGCCAUUUGACCAAUAUAGAGUUGAAAUAUCAGAACGAUAUGGAUAAACUGAAUCGUGCGUUUGAGGUUUUGCGUUCCCGUAUUCCGAAAAAUCUGCUUUCACUCACCAUGGGAGAAUUGCGUGCCAUGCCAAAGGCAACAGAAGAACUCAACACUUCAGCUCCACUGAACCAAACAGUAAGUGCAAAUAUGAGCGCACUACUGGAGAAAUCUUGCCGCAAAAAGUCGAAAGAUGAUGGUUACCUUACAGAGGAAAGCGAACAUGGCGAUACGUACCGGGUCGGGUCACUGAUGCCCACGUCGAAGGCACGUUUCGGUCCACUGAUGUCCGCUAGAAUACGACGACGUAGCAAAUCGACCAGUUCUAUCACGACGCCCCACGUGAACCGUUCACUUUUCACUGUACCGCAAAGUGCGAUGGUUGGAAAAACGCAACCGCCCAUCGGAUCGGCCCUUAAAGCACCGGCACCGCGAACGGAACGUGCUUCACGAUCGAAGCAAAAAACCUCGCCCGUGCAACGCCCUAAAGCGAUCAGUGCCGACCGAGGUUACGGGAUAAUUACACCAAAGGUACAGCCGUAUGCUGCACUCGCAAUGAUGCGACAUGCGAAGCAAGGGGAAUCGGUGUUCUCCAUUACCGGUAGCCCUGUUGUUACAGCUAAUAUGCUCGAGUCGAGCGCAAACGUUAACAUUCCCGUGCUGAACGGUAUGCUUGCCAUCAGACCAACCGAGCUGGAUGUUGUCGAUGAAUCGUUGCUACGUAAGAUCGAUCCGAACGUGCUGCUUGAGCUUAAGCAGCUGCAAAGUAAUUUGGACAAAAUUAUGAGCACACUUAAUAUCUCCUAACAUAAUUAACCGCGGGUCGAUUGCUCCGCUAAUUUUCUGUGUCUCCAUUUGGUUUAACUGAUAGUUUAAUUUCCGAUCUUGACGAUAUAUCGUAAGCCAUUUCAUGAUUAUUCUUUUCGAACUAAAUAAAACGUUCCCAUCAAAACAUAAUCUGCAAAUCGGAUGAAUCACGUUACAAAUGAAAGAAUGACAAUUAUAAGCCCUAUUGUG